AUGUUGAAUGACGAGAGGGCAAAGUGGAAGAUCGCCGCGAGGCUGGAAAAGAAACGCCUGUUGAUAGCGGUCAACUGCCUCGCUGGUCUUGCAAUCUUCUUUUUCGGAUAUGACCAAGGGAUGAUGGCUGGAGUCAACGACUCCAAAUCAUACGUUGAGCGGAUGGGGCUGGGGUACGAGAAAAAUGGAUCAAUAACGGUCACCAACACCCUGUUGCAGGGGGGCAUCGUCUCAGUCUACUAUCUGGGAACUUUGGUUGGAUGCUUUAUGGGCGGGUAUGUCAGUGAUCGAUUCGGCCGUAUCAAAUCCCUUGCAUUUGGUGCUGUCUGGGGUAUACUUGGAGCUGCACUCCAGUGCACAGCAAUGAACCCGGAGUGGAUGAUCAUAUCUCGUCUCAUUAACGGCAUUGGGACUGGAAUUCUCAAUGCCACCGUUCCGGUGUAUGGCUCUGAGCUUGCGGAUUACGAGUCUCGUGGCAUGUUCAUCGCUAUGGAGUUCACUUUGAACAUCGUCGGGGUGGUGGUGGCUUACUGGUUAGGAUUUGGACUUCGCUACAUCGACAACGGGACAUCCGAGUUCCAGUGGCGAUUCCCCAUUGCUUUCCAGAUUGUUAUGCUGCUUUUGCUAAUUAUCGGCUGCUGGUUCUUCCCUGAAUCACCUCGUUGGCUUUGUAUGGCGGGCCGUCGGGACGAGGCAUCUUACGUUCUCAAGCGGCUUCGUGGGUCCGAGAACGAACGAGCGGCCAUGAUAGAAAUGGGAGAGAUUGAAGCUGUCGUCCAGCUUGAGGCAGAGUCGGAGGACAAAACGACCUACUUCCACAUGCUAUUUGGUAUUGGCCAAGGAGACUUGCACAUUGCGCGACGUGUUCAACUAGUGAUCUGGCUGCAGAUCCUGCAAUGCUGGUCUGGCAUAGCUGGCGUCACUAUGUACGCACCAAGACUGAACAAUAUUUUCUACGCAUUCGCAACCCUGAUUUGUGUCGUCACUAUUGAUCGGAUUGGUCGCCGUUGGACCCUAUGGUGGGGAGCAGCAGGGCAAGCAAUUGCCAUGUUCCUCGCAGGUGGUCUGGCUCGCGGUGGAAUUAAUAACCCAGACAACCAAGGGCCAUGGGGCGUUGCAGCAACAUCGAUGGUCUAUUUGUAUACAUUUGUCUUUGGUGCUACCUGGCUCACCGUUCCAUGGCUUUAUCCAGCAGAGAUCUUCCCGCUCAAGAUUCGAGCCAAGGGCAAUGCUUGGGGCGUUGUUGGCUGGAGUUUGGGGAAUGGAUCACUGACUCUAGUUCUUCCAUACAUUUUUGCAGCCAUCGGGGAAAAUACUCUGCACGUGUUUGGUGCUGUAAAUCUCAUUAGCAUACCAAUUGUUUGGGCUUUCUAUCCUGAAUCUAGUCAGCGAACGCUCGAGGAAAUCGAUAUGCUUUUCGCUGCAAAGUCGCCAUUUACCUGGGCAGCCGAAGCGAAAUUCAAGACACUCAUGGCAGAACAUCCGGAUAUCGGCCGCGCUCAUCAGCGUCACUCCGUUUUCGAAGCCGAGAAGGGCUUACAUGAUAUCGAUACCGAGCACGAAGAAACAGUUGGUCACAAUUAG